AUGUGGAAUACAGAACCGAGACAUCUGGCGGUCCGUGCCCACAAGAACGGGGUCGUAACUUCCCUGCUGUUUGAUGGGGAGAGGAUCAUAACAGCAAGUGACAGUGGAAAGAUUAAUGUGCACGAUGUCCAGUCAGGGGCCCCGCUAAGAAAUCUGGAGGGACACGAAGGUGGAGUAUGGGCAAUACAACAGUACCAAAACACCCUGGUGUCAGCGUCAACAGACCGCUCGAUUCGAGUGUGGGACCUUGAAAAGGGGGAAUGCACCCAUAUAUUUCGAGGACACAAAUCUACAGUGAGGACGUUGAAAAUACUGCCGCCGACACAGGUUGAUCAGGAUACAACCCAUGAAGCGGACACAGUGCAUGAUUGGCCGUUGAUCAUUUCGGGCUCACGCGACAGUACGCUGCGGAUCUGGAAGCUUCCUCAGGCUGAAGACCCAACGUAUUUGCCGAGCGCUGAUACGCAAGGUGAAGACUGUCCAUACCUACUUCGGGUGUUGGAAGGUCAUCAACAUUCUGUGCGAGCAAUGGCUGCCCACGGGGACACUCUGGUGAGUGGUAGCUACGAUUGUACCGUGCGAGUUUGGAAGAUCUCCACCGGAGCCCUACUGCACACGCUCGACGGCCACGGUUACAAAGUCUAUGCCGUGGCCAUAGAUCAGAAGAGGAAUCGCGUUAUAAGUGGAUCGAUGGACCACACUGUCAGGAUCUGGUCGCUCGAGACUGGCGCACCGCUGUUCACACUGGAAGGCCACACAUCACUAGUGGGCAUACUAGAAUUGAAAGAGGACAUCAUUGUGUCGGCAAGUGCUGAUUCAGUUCUCAGGGUUUGGGACCCUGAGAACGGAGAGUGCAGAAGUGUGCUGAGUGGCCACAGUGGAGCGGUAACGUGCUUCCAGCACGAUAAUGAGAAAGUUGUGUCGGGAUCAGAUAGAGGUGUGAAAAUGUGGAAUAUCCAGACCGGUGUGUUGGAGAAAGAUCUUCUUACCGAACUCAGCGGGGUUUGGCAGGUCUGCUUUAGAGGCCAACACUGCGUGGCAGCAGUUCAACGUGAUAGUGUGACGUUCAUUGAGGUAAGUUUGAUGACAACGUCCUGUGCUGGUAAUUGGCUGAUUCGUGAAGAUUCUCGAUUUCGACCCGUCGCUCGAAGCUGUCCCAUCCGAGCAGCGCGGAAAGCGUAUGCUGGUGGAUGA